UGCUAUCCAAAUCAUAGUAUUCAAAUAAUAGUCAAACUCCAAAGAAAUUUGAAUUAGACAAGUUUUAGCUGAAAAAAGAGCAUCGAAUUAUCCGAAAGUAUGGUUUUUGUGAUCAUCAGAGCUUUGAACUUGGUGAAAUGCUGAAAACAUGGCGGCACCGGAAUAUUCGAUGACUAUUGGAGGUUAGCGCCGGGCUAAUUCAGAGUAGGUGUAAAUUAAAGUGAAGCCAACCCUAGCUCACUAGAAGAUCCGAUGGUUUUUCGAAAGAAAGCAUCGAAGCAAGCAUCAGAUGAGUGCGCAGAGAAGAGACAUACAUCUGCAGAGAAGAGACAUACAUCUGGAAGGUUUUUGGAAGAAACUCUUGCCUGUACAAACAUACUGCAAGUAUUUAACAAAAGUGAUGUGCUUUCUGGAGCCACUUCUGGUGGUGCACUAUGGUGUGUUAGAAGGGUAGUUUGGCAUGCACUGGUGGAAUGGGCCGUUUCUUUGUUCUCCCCAUUACGACCCUUUGAGCACCACUAUGGUAGCAUGCUUGAAGCGGAUUCACUGAGCUAUAAUUCCACAAUAUCUGUUGCUUUGGCAGUUGUAUUCGAGAUAUUUGUCAAGUUGAUAGGUGGACAAAUUCCAAUGCCCAAGGUAUUUCCUGCAGUUCCUGAUUUGGCAUCUGUUUGGGAACUUUUUACAGCAGUCCCAAUUCUUGUCACCGCUUAUGUUUGCCAUUACAAUGUUCACCCAAUUCAUAAUGAGCUAAAGGACUCUUUGCAGAUCAAAUCUUGUGAUGUGCUAGCAAACUUUGAUUUAAAUCUUGUGAUUCCAUACAGUUCAGUUCUAAAUGAUGCUGUCAGAGCUAUGAUGUUCACCUUAUGCUCACGUUCCCUUGAUAUUCCAUGCAUUGCGGCUUAG